AUGGGAGCUUGCGCUCUAGAGCUGGUUUCGCACGCAAAUGCUCAAGGAAUCGAUUUGAAUAGUAUGUAUAAACUGUUUGAGGAGCUAGGCAAGGCGAUGGGCUGGGACGAAAUCGGACGGCAGAAAUUAACGGGACAGCUCAUUUCUCAGAGAAAUUCCCAACGGGCAUUCUCCUUCCUCGAACUUGCGGCGCUGUUUGGCUUAUGGCAGUAUGUUCUGCCGCGGAUAGUGAAGUCUUCACACGACGAACGCAAUUCGCUUCUGAAUCUACUCUUGAAUGUAGCGGAGGAAGUACCUUUACUACCAUCUUCCAACGAGGUUAUCUCUGCUUUACUACAUCUGGGCGCAAAAGCGGACGGUAAUAUGACUGUUAGGACUCGCCUGAUCAUGUGUAGGGCUAUGGAAGACACUAAUUUGGGGAAGAGGAAACUUGAGGAAUUCGAGAGCGGAUUUUCUGAUGAUGACCUUGACGAGGAGAGCGAGGAAGAUGAGGUCCAGGAAGUUACGAGAGCAGAGUUUAUUGCCAAAAGGGUGAGGUACGCGGCGGAUUAG